AUGAGACCAAUUAAACUUCCUGAACCGCCGAGUCCCACCGCCCAUAGAGGUACUCCUGAUAUCUUUGAAUCUGGAGUUCAUACCUUCGUCAGACGCGCCGUCGUUAUCGGAAACGGUUUCGCCGCCUCCGAAAAUCAGAGUAUCGGAUUGGUUCGCGCACUUGGCUUCUCUGAUAACUAUUUCUUAUAUCGGGUUACCAGACCUAAAGGAGGAGUUAAUGAGUGGCUUCAUUGGCUUCCAGUCUCCCUUCAUAAGAAAAUAUAUUAUAUUAUAAGAAUGGUUGGCGUUUAUUCACACCUACUGUUGAGAUCUCAACAAAAGAAGCUCAUACCUUCAGAAAAUGGUGUCAGUGACGGCUUGUUAGGUGUCUUAGAAGCCGAUACAAAGCAGAUAGUAAAUUUCGCUCUGGAAACUUAUGAGAAGGAGGGACCUUUGUUGGUGGUUGCAUGUGGAAGAGAUACCAUUUCUACUGCAAGUUCUAUAAAAAGAUUAGCAUCUGAGAAUGUUUUUGCCGUUCAGAUACAACAUCCAAGACUGCAUUUGAAUAGGUUCGACAUGGUGAUUACACCUAAGCAUGACUAUUAUCCUCUGACUCCACAAGGACAAGAGCAAGUUCCCCGGCUUAUUCGAAGUUGGAUAACUCCACGUGAUCCUCCGGGUAGUCAUGUGGUUCUCACAACUGGAGCCUUACAUCAAAUAGAUUUCACUUCAAUACGUAGUGCUGCUGCUACUUGGCAUGAUGAAUUUGCACAUGUUCGCAGGCCCUUGCUCGCCGUUAACAUUGGAGGACCAACAAGGAACUGUAGAUAUGGUGGAGACCUUGCAAAGCAGUUAGUAGCCUCUUUGCUCAGUGUUCUUAUUAGUUGUGGGAGUGUUAGAAUAUCCUUUACAGAGAAGACUCCUCAAAAAGUGGCCAACAUUAUAAUGAAAGAACUUGGAAAUAAUCCAAAAGUUUACAUUUGGGACGGGCAAGGACCUAACCCACACAAGGGCCAUCUAGCUUGGGCUGAUGCAUUUGUUGUCACGGCUGAUUCAGUCAGUAUGAUAAGUGAAGUUUGCAGCACUGGAAAGCCCGUUUAUGUUGUGGGGUCUGAGCGUUGUAAAUGGAAGUUUGCCGAAUUUCACAAAUCAUUGAGAGAGCGGGGAGUUGUUCGGGCUUUUACAGGUUCUGAGGAUAUAUCGGAGAGUUGGAGCUAUCCACCCCUUAACGAUACUGCUGAUGCAGCUAACCGAGUUCGUGAAGCGCUUGCUGCCCGAGGGUGGAAGCUGAAGAUAUAA